AAAGACUCUCAUGACCCAAUGACCUCUUGGCUUGCCGCCACGCCACCUCUGCGCCUGGCAUCUGCAACAGUAGACGACGGAAAUGGACGCCCGUCAUCUACAUCACAAAACGUCGUUGACACAUCAUCAGGUACGCUUGCUGCGCCAUCUUCAAGCCUGUCCACGACCAGCAACUCUGUGUCGGAGGUGGCGACAGGAGGAGGACAGCAGGCGGCCCCGGAGACCCGCUGUCAGUGUGUCCUCCUGCAGGCCGUGCUGACCGUGCCGCUGGACUACAAGACCGAGGCCAUCAAACAGGAGCUGCUGCUCGACCAUCGCAACCUGUCGGCCACCAUCCGACGUCUGACCUCCGCCCAGGACUGGCGUCCGUCGUGUGUCGUCAGCGGCCUGGCCGCCAUCUUGGCGCUGAGUGUGGUGGCGGCGCUAAUUAUCGCCCCUGAUCUUCACGGGCUGGUGCGCACCUUGGUGGCGCGACGAUAAACACCUUGCCUUAAAGGUCACGUGUCUGUGCUGAGGUCACGUGCUUGUGUAAAGGUCAGGGUUAGUCUGUGCCUGUGACCUUUGACAUUUCCUGUGUCAUGAUUGCGCCGACUCCUGAUCUUUGCGAACCCAGAAUAACUUGUCGGGAACUACUUUAAGUAGCCAAAUCACCACACAACAUUUUAAUUCUUUCCUGGCAAGGUGUGUGUGUGUGUCAUCGUUCUUUGUUUCUGCAGAGUCUCCGCCGUUCACUCAGUUUUACCCAGUCACCACCGCGCAGUAUAAACAGGCGCGUGCACACACACGCAUGCACGCACAAACACACACGCACGCACGCAAGCACUCACACACAGAGUAAGAGAGAGAACAGAAAGACAGAACGAAGAGAUAAUGUAAAGAAGGAAAGAGACGACAGGGAAAAGUGUUCUGACAACAGCCACCAUCAUCAUUAGAUGAGAAUAAUUAAGAACAGAGACACACACACACAUACUCAAAAAUGUAUUCACAGAUACAAACACACUUACAAAGCCACAUAUGCACUCACAAGCACACGAACACACUAGCAAAUAUUUAAUUAAAAACUAUAGUUCUCAUUAAAAUUCUUUAUAGCAACAAGAGCACAGAAAGGCAAACAGUUAAAUAAAAUACUUCGUUUGUUCCAUCAAAA